CUCUCUCUCUCUCUCUCUCUCUCUCUCUCUUCAUCUCUCUCGGCUGAGCGCAUCACUCGGUGCCUCUUGCCUCCGCCGCCGCGCUCUCGCUCUCCGCUCGGUUUUCCCGCGGUUCGGUUCGCGCGCCCCCGCCAUGUCGAGCCUGCUGGAGAACCCCCUGCAGGCCGUGCUGUACCUCAAGGAGCUCACGGCGAUCGUGCAGAACCAGCAGAGCCUCAUCCAGACGCAGCGGCACCGGAUCGACGCGCUCGAGCGCAGGCUCGGGGAUCUGCUCGUGGAGAACCGGCAGCUCCGGGACGCGACGCACCGACACCCCGCGCGACACCACCCUCCCCCGCCCCCCCGUACCUCCAGCCUGCCCCGCGCGCCCCAGCAGCACGGGACGGGUCCGGCUCAGGCCCCCUCCGCCGCGGUGCAGCAGCACCACUCUCCGCAGGACAUGCAGCUCGUGCCCGCUGGCGGCAGCCCGGACUCCAGCCCCGAGGACGCGCGAGAGCCGUGCUGCCGCUCGCUCGUCCCACAGAGCGCGGGCACUCUGUGCCGAACCGUGGGCAUCCCGCGGAGCUCCGAGAGCCAAACUGUCCUGCACCAGUUUUGCUGCCCCGCCCCCGAAGCUCCUGAGGGAGAUUCCGUUGGCUGCUCCAGUUCAGUCCAUGCAAUAGAAGGAGAGACAGAGAAAGAUGAGAAGAAAGCUGCUCAGCUAAGCCCUCCUCCGUGCUCCCACACUCCGGACUACGAGCUCUCUCCUGACCUCAAACAAAAACAGAUAGAGGAAUUGGAGCAGAAGUAUGGUGGUCCGCUUAUCUCUCGCCGUGCUGCUUGUAAGAUCCAGACAGCAUUCCGACAGUAUCAGCUCAGUAAGAACUUCCAAAAGAUACGGAAUUCUGUGCUGGAAAGUGGAAUUCCGCGCCGCAUGUCUGUGCGCAGGGUGCGGGUGCAGAGGGACGGCUUCUCUGCUGAACGUGCACUGAUGGAGGGGUGCUCUCUUAUGGGCAUCCCACUCACACACUCCACCUCACUGCCCACAGGCACUUCAAACACACUCACACACCUGGAGGACACCUUCAACGAACAGGUGCAGUCUUUAGCACGAUCCAUAGAUGAGGCCUUGAGCAGUUGGAGUUCUGUGCGUGAUGGGGAAGCGGAGGGGGCUUCAGGGGCUCCGCCCCCAGGUCCUGCUUCAGAGGGGCUGCUGAUGGACCGCACUACCCUUCAGGAGACCACGCAGAACGCCUGUGCAGAAGGCAUUCCUCGCAGUGCCAGCAAGCUCAUGAUGGCCUUCAGAGAUGUGACCGUCCAAAUUGACAACCACAACUUCCGCCUGUCCUCCUCCGUGCUAGAGUCCGUUUCCCUAGGCAACGGCAUCUCCAAGGAAACCGGCUCGGAGCCUCCAGCAGGAGGGCAGAAUGUCAGCCAAUCAGAAUCCUCCGUUAUGGCCGAGCCUGAGUUCCCUGCCCCACCCCCUAGCGAGGAGAUAGGGCUGGACCAGCGGCCAGCGGGAGAUGAAGUGGAACCUGCUCAGGCCGGCCAGGAGAAACCACAGGCCAAUCAGAGUGUGUCCGAGGGGGCAGAAAACAGCUCAGAGCCAAUCAGCAGCAGCAGCACGUCAACCUCAGCAUGCGAGACCAUGAUCCUCUCACUGCCACGCACACACUGCCAGGACAUGCACUGUGGGACCCUCUCCACAGACAUUGCACGCAAGCGCCUGUACCGCAUCGGACUCAACCUCUUUAACAUAAACCCAGACAAAGGCAUCCAGUUCCUCAUCUCCCGCGGUUUCAUUCCGGACACACCCAUAGGCGUGGCUCACUUCCUGCUGCAGAGGAAGGGCUUAAGCCGACAGAUGAUUGGAGAGUUUCUGGGCAACAGUAAGAGGCAAUUCAACAGAGACGUCCUAGACUGUGUGGUGGAUGAGAUGGAUUUCUCCAUGCUGGAGCUGGAUGAAGCUCUGCGGAAGUUUCAGGCUCACGUGCGCGUGCAGGGAGAGGCUCAGAAGGUGGAGAGACUCAUUGAAGCAUUCAGUCAGCGCUACUGUAUGUGUAAUCCAGAUGUUGUCCAGCAGUUCCAUAACCCCGACACCAUCUUCAUCCUGGCCUUCGCCAUCGUCCUGCUCAACACUGACAUGUACAGCCCCAACAUCAAACCCGAGCGCAAGAUGCUCCUGGAGGACUUCAUCCGCAACCUCCGAGGAGUGGACGAUGGUGCGGAUAUUCCGCGGGAGAUGGUGGCUGGAAUCUAUGAACGCAUCCAGCAGAGGGAGCUGCGCUCCAAUGAGGAUCAUGUGACUUACGUCACCAGGGUGGAGCAGAGCAUUCAGGGAAUGAAGACAAUCCUAUCUGUGCCUCACCGGAGGCUGGUGUGCUGCAGUCGUCUCUAUGAAGUUACUGACGUAAAUAAACCCCAGAAACAAGCAGCACAUCAGAGAGAAGUGUUCCUCUUCAAUGACCUUAUAGUGAUACUGAAGCUGUGUCCCAAGAAGAAAAGUGCAGCCACAUACACGUUCUGUAAGGCCAUGGGUCUGCUAGGGAUGCAGUUCCAUCUGUUUGAAAAUGAGUAUUACCCUCAUGGCAUUACGAUCUUGUCUCCAUUCUCAUCUGAGAAGAAGCAGGUGGUGAGCUUUUGUUCUCAGAGCUCUGAAGAGCUGCUGAAGUUUGUAGAGGACCUGAGAGAGAGCAUCGCCGAGGUAGCAGAGAUGGAGCACAUACGCAUCGAAUGGGAAUUAGAGAGGCAGCAGGCAGCAAGAAAUCAGUCUGCUAAGAACAAUGGUACACAGCUGGAGAUCCACAGACCAAUCUCUCCUGCAGGGGACCAUGACUUUUUUGAGAAGACAGGAAGCAACGCAGUUGAGGUGUCAAUUCACAACAGGCUCCAAACGUACCAACUCAGCUCCCUGUUGGCUCCGCCCAGCGCUCAGCCCCAGCUGGCCAUCCUGCCUAGUCCCGCCCCUGGCCCCACCCUCACCAUCUCCCCCAGCACGCUCAUCCAGUGCCAGCAGAUCGUCAAGGUGAUCGCGGUGGACUCGGCGGGCCGUGGGCGCGUGGAGGCCUUCCUCAGUCAAAACCCCACCCAUCGUUUAAUACAAUCAGCCGUCUCCACGCCGACCAGGUCACGGGAAGGUGGGGCCCAGCAGCCUCCUCUUCCCCCUCCCCCGCCUCCAUAUCACCACAAACACCAGUUCUGCCCUCCGACUCCACCCCCUCCACAGCAUGUGCUCAGCCAGCGCAGGUACUCCAGUGGGACACGCAGUCUGGUCUGAGUGCGCACACACACACACAUACAGUGCAGGGC